AUGCCUGUGCCCGUCUCCACAGGUCUGAUUACUCACUACCACCAUUACCGGAACCCUUAUAGUUACUGGAACUAUUGUUACCUUGACUUCUGCCCGGCCUAUCGUGCCUCAAGUCGACUCUGUUCCCUCAGUUGUCCCUCAGGCUAA